CUUCAGAAAACAAUUUGCAGAACAGACGUCUGAAACUUGACUAUGAAGAAAUCACACCAUGCUUAAAAGAUGUAACUUUAAUUUGGGAAAAAAUGUUGAAUACACCUGGAAGGUCAAAGAUGAAAUUUGACGUGGAUAAAAUACACUCCGCUGUUGGGCAAGGAGUACCACGCCACCACCGUGGGGAGAUCUGGAAGUUUCUAGCAGAGCAAUACCAUCUCAAACAUCAGUUUCCAAGUAAACAACCACCAAAGGACACACCUUACAAAGAACUCUUAAAACAACUCACUUCUCAACAACACGCAAUACUUAUUGACCUAGGGCGCACAUUUCCAACACAUCCAUACUUCUCGGCACAGCUGGGAGCUGGGCAGCUCUCUCUCUACAACAUUUUGAAGGCCUAUUCACUUCUAGACCAGGAAGUAGGAUAUUGCCAGGGCCUUAGUUUUGUAGCAGGAGUUUUACUACUUCACAUGGGUGAAGAAGAUGCUUUUAAAAUGCUGAAGUUUCUCAUGUUUGACAUGGGCCUGAGGAAACAAUAUCGUCCUGACAUGACAAUUUUACAGAUCCAGAUGUAUCAACUGUCUCGACUUCUUCAUGACUACCACCGAGAUCUCUAUAAUCACUUAGAGGAACAUGAGAUAGGACCCAGCCUCUAUGCUGCUCCCUGGUUUCUCACCAUGUUUGCCUCCCAGUUUCCCCUCGGAUUUGUAGCCAGAGUGUUUGAUAUGCUCUUUCUUCAAGGAUCAGAGGCUAUAUUUAAAGUGGCUUUAAGCCUUUUGGGAAGCCACAAGCCCUUGAUUCUGCAGCAUGAGAACCUAGAAACUAUUGUUGAUUUUAUUAAAAGCACUCUACCCAACCUGGGUUUGGUACAGAUGGAAAAGACCAUUAGUCAGGUAUUUGAAAUGGAUAUUGCCAAGCAGCUGCAAGCUUAUGAAGUUGAAUACCAUGUGCUUCAGGAUGAACUUAUAGAUUCAUCUUUAAACGACAAUCAGAGACUGGAUAAAUUAGAAAAGGCAAACAGUAGCUUGCGCAAACAGAACUUUGAUCUUCUGGAAGAACUGCAGGUGGCUAAUGGAAAGAUCCAAAACCUUGAAGCUACAGUGGAGCUUUUACUGACCAAUGAAGGCAAACUGAAGGAGUCCAUUCUCACUCUUGAGCAGGAGCGAGCAGCGUUGCAGAAAGUAGUGGAAGAGAUGCAGAAAAAGAUUGGUGAUACAGAUGGGAAGCCUCUGCUUAUGAGACAGGAGCACAUGGAUGCUGACUGACUCUGGCCCUUGUAGCAGAGCAGAGAAACUGAGGGAGACACAAAGGGAAGAACUGGGUCUUUCCGUCGUGGUCCGUGGGGGUCUGACACUGCCACCUUCAUUGCACAUGCCUUACUGUAGCAAAGCAAGGUGCAGGCAUGCUGGCUUCCAGAGAAGCUGGUUGCUCGGGGAGAAGGCUCUUUCUUCUUAGCACAUAGGAAUACUAUGAACAGUAAGAUGCCACAUAAUAAUAAGCAGCAGAGACUCAAUAGUGCGUGCAGUCAUACACAAUGCACUGUAAAGAUGUCUUGGAUUCUUCCAUAAGUGCUUCUAAACCUAAGUGCU